AUGAAAUUUAGCUCACAAAUCAUGUCCUUCAUCUUGCAUUUUAUUUUUCUUGUCACUUUCAUUUGUCCUAUUUAUUCAUUAGAAACAAGCAACCACCAAGUCAAUCAAACUUUACGAUUUGAAAAAGGAUCUCAGAAAUUAAAUAAAACGAUAAAGACACUUCUUCAACAAAUCAAUAAGCCUGCUAUUAAGACAAUUCAGAGUCCCGAUGGUGAUAUCAUAGAUUGUGUUUUGUUUCAUAAACAACCAGCUUUUGAUCUUCCAGUUUUAAAAGGACAAAUAUCAUUGGAUUCUCAAGAAAACUCAGAAGGACAUGACCAAAUAAAUAACUCAACUCUAAACUUUCAACCAUGGCAUUUAUCAGGCGAAUUUUGUCCGAAUGGAACAAUACCAAUUAGAAGAACAAAAGAAGAAGAAAUACAAUUUGGAAGAAAAAGCAUACCCUUUCAUGAAAGACUCUAUGAAGUAGUUACGUAUGUGCAAGGAGCUGGUUACCACGGAGCAAAGGGUACCAUAAACGUUUGGUCUCCCCGAGUGGAAAAUAAUGAGGAAUCCAGCUCAUCUAAAAUUUGGGUUCAAUCUCUAACAGCUAAAGAGAGUAUUGAAGCCGGUUGGCAGGUAUGUCCAAAGAGAUUUGGAGACAGUCGCCCUAGAAUAUUUACUUAUUGGACGGUGGAUGCUUAUAAAGGAACUGGUUGUUACAAUUUACAAUGUCCUGGUUUUGUUCAAACAAGCAGAAAAGUUGUACCUGGAACUGUAGUUGCUCCGGUGUCUGUAAUAGGCGGAGACCAAUAUGAUUUUAACUUAAAGUUUGAGCAGGAUCAAAAGAAUCAGCGUUGGUGGCUUGAAUAUGGAGCUGGAAAUGAAAAUUAUGAAAGAGUUGGUUAUUGGCCAUUCUCCCUAUUCAAAGAAUUAAAUCAUGAAGCAAAUUUAAUUCAGUUUGGUGGAGAAGUUGUGGAUUUAAACCCAACAGGAGAUCAUACUUCCACUUACAUGGGUAGUGGACAAUUUGCUCAAGAACUUGCGUUUAAGGCUGCAUAUAUUAAGAGUAUGAAAGUUGCAAUUAAUCCAUACAGUUAUAUUGACCUUCUAGAUAACGAAAAUAUAGAAGCAACACCAGAUUGUUAUAGUAUAGUAGGAGGUUUUAAUAAAAACUAUGAGUCAUAUAUUUUCUUUGGUGGACCAGGUAGGAAUCCGAAAUGUCCCUAA